ACGCCUUGCUCUCUUACCACGACUACGACUACGACCAGCUCACGUCGUGCACCCUCGUUCCUUCCACUUCUGCUCACCGCGGUCAAUGGACGCAGUCAUUCAGCCCAAUGGUGACAAAAUACGCGUCCUGUCGCACAUACAGUAUGACACCUCUGACUCACUAACGCCAUCUUCUGUGCUGUCAUGCCCUCUUGACCAGUUCCGACACUGGUUCACUGAAGCACAGUCAUACGUCAAGGAGCCCGAAGCAAUGUCUCUUUCAACCGCUACGGCAUCAGGCAUUCCUUCUUCACGCUUCGUCUUACUGAAGCAGGUCGACUCUCGCGGGUUUGUCUUCUUUACAAACUACACUUCGCGCAAGUCUCGCGAGUUAGACGAAAAUCCGCAUGCUGCACUCGCAUUAUACUGGCAGGAAAUGCAUCGCCAAAUACGUGUCGUAGGGCGAGUAGAGCGUGUGAGCAAGGAGGAGAGUACAGAAUACUUCCGUACCCGUCCACUCGGAAGUCGAAUUGGUGCUUGGGCAAGCCCACAGAGCAGUGUCAUCGCGGAAGGCGAGAUUUCUCAGCGAUUCCAAGAGACGCGAGAAAAAUUUGGCGUCAAGGAUGGCCAGACAGAUGAAGCUGACAUCCCGCUCCCUGAUUUCUGGGGCGGAUGGCGUGUAAUACCACUAGAAGUCGAGUUCUGGGCGGGGAAGCCUUCAAGACUACACGAUCGGGUACGUUACACCCGGACGACGGAAAUAAACGGAGAAUGGAAAAUAGAACGCAUAGCACCUUAGAACAAUCGCAGAAGACCAAUCAAGAUAUAUGUCGGAAAUACAUGUAAA